GAAUACAAAAUGCCACAGACUCAUCAGUUGUCCCCACAAGAGGAGCAAGAGAAGCUGCUGGACGAGGCCAUGCAGGUGGUAAAAGUCCAGUCUUUUCAGAUGAAGAGAUGUUUGGAUAAGGCCAAACUGAUGGACGGUUUGAAACAUGCAUCCAAUAUGCUGAGUGAAUUGAGAACAUCCAUGCUGUCUCCUAAAAGCUACUAUGAACUAUAUAUGGCUAUUUGUGAUGAAUUACGCUACCUGGAACAGUAUCUUGCCGAUGAGUUUCAAAAAGGUCACAAAGUAGCUGACCUUUAUGAGUUGGUCCAAUACGCCGGAAACAUCAUCCCUAGAUUGUAUCUGUUAGUGACAGUUGGGGUUGUUUACAUCAAAGCCAAUGACCACAACAGAAAAGAUAUUCUGAAAGAUUUAGUGGAGAUGUGUCGAGGUGUCCAGCAUCCAUUGAGAGGUCUGUUUCUUAGAAAUUAUCUUUUGCAGUGUACCCGAAAUUCUCUGCCGGAUUGCCAAGAAGGUGAGGAGACACAAACUGGCACUGUCAAAGAUUCCAUCGAUUUCAUUCUCUUGAACUUUGCUGAGAUGAAUAAAUUGUGGGUGAGAAUGCAACACCAGGGGCACUCGCGUGAUCGGGAGAAGAGAGAAAAAGAACGACUAGAAUUGAGAAUCUUAGUCGGGACCAAUUUAGUGAGGCUGAGUCAACUUGACACCAUGGUGGUGGAUAUGUAUAAAAAGAAUGUACUCCCUGGAGUUCUUGAACAAACUGUCAGUUGUCGUGAUUACAUCGCACAGGAAUAUCUGAUGGAAUGCAUCAUUCAGGUAUUUCCAGAUGAAUUCCACUUGCAGACACUCAAUAGUUUUCUCAAGGCGUGUGCUGACCUGCAUAAACUUGUGAAUGUAAAAAACAUCAUAAUAGCACUAAUUGAUAGACUUGCUUUAUUUGCACACCGUGACGAUGGGUCUGGCAUUCCUAGUGACAUUAAACUCUUUGAUAUUUUCUCACAACAAGUUUCAUCAGUAAUUCAGGCACGUGAAGACAUGCCAACAGAAGACAUUGUAUCAUUACAAGUAUCUCUAAUCAACCUAGCGUUAAAAUGUUACCCAGACAGAGUAGAUUACGUAGAUAAAGUUCUAGAAACAACUGUGGAAAUAUUUAACAGAUUAAAUCUUGAACGACUGGAGAGUAGUAGCGCUGUUUGCAAGGAGCUUUCAAGACUUCUAAAGAUUCCAGUUGACAACUACAACAACCUCCUUACUGUACUGCAGCUAAAACACUUUGCGCCUUUAUUUGAAUUCUUCGACUACGAGUCGAGGAAAAUAAUGGCAGCAUAUGUUAUCAAUAAUGCACUAGAGAACAGUUUAUAUAUCCCUACACAAGAACAAACAGACGCUGUAUUAACGCUGGUUGCCCCGUUGGUCCAGGACCAAAAUGACCAACCACAGGAAGAGGAAGAUCCUGAAGACUUUUCUGAAGAGCAAAACAUGAUGGGUCGAUUUAUCAAUUUAUUAAUUUCUGAUGAUGCUGAUCAACAAUAUAUGAUUUUAACCACCUCCAGGAAGCAUUUUGGUAAUGGCGGCAAUAAACGAAUAAAAUACACUUUGCCACCGUUGGUGUUCAGUGCUUUUCAGUUGGCCUAUCGGUAUAGGGAUAUUGCUGAAGAGGAUGAUAAAUGGGAGAAAAAAUGCCAGAAAAUCUUUACAUUUUGUCAUCAAACAAUCGGUGCUUUGAUCAAAGCAGAAUUAUCAGAACUACCACUCAGAUUAUUCCUUCAAGGUGCCGUAACAGCUGGCGAAAUUGGCUUUGAUAAUCAUGAAACAGUGGCAUAUGAAUUCAUGUCUCAGGCUUUUUCACUUUAUGAAGAUGAAAUCAGUGAUUCGCGAGCACAGCUUGCCGCGAUCACUCUUAUUAUCGCCACCUUUGAAAGAAUGAGUUGUUUUGGUGAAGAAAAUCACGAACCACUCCGAACACAGUGUGCUUUAGCAGCUUCUAAAUUACUUAAAAAACCCGACCAGUGUCGAGGUGUGAGUACGUGCUCACAUUUAUUCUGGUCGGGUAGAACUGUUGAAAGUGAAGGCAAAGAGAUUCAAGACGGUAAACGUGUGAUGGAGUGUUUGAAGAAGUCUCUACGUAUUGCCAAUCAGUGUAUGGAUAACUCUGUCCAAGUACAGUUGUUUGUAGAAAUUCUUAAUAGAUAUAUUUACUUUUACGAGAGAGGAAAUGACGCAGUCACAGUACAAGUGCUCAAUCAACUCAUAGAAAAAAUCCGAGAAGAUCUGCCCAAUUUAGAAGGCAACGAAGAAACCGAACAAAUCAACAAACAUUUCCAGAAUACAAUAGAACAUCUUCGAAUGAAACAAGAAGCACCUGAAUCUGACGGUCCUGCAUAUGACGGAUUAGUAUUAUAAAAUUUGAUUGAUCACAAUAUAUUCUCCCUGAUCACUUUCUACUUGCUGUCUCCUAUAUGUGUUAUACUUUGAGUGCUAUUCCAACUGGCAAACAGUUUGUGUAUACCGUAGUAGCCAGGAUUACUGAUGUCACUCGUUCUUUCGUUUAGACCUGUUAUUAUUAAGUAAAGGAACAUUUACAUGUCAUUUAAGGGGGUGUAUAUUUUUUGGGGGGUUUGGGGCUGCAUUACAUGUACUUUAAAAUCCAACAACAUUUUGAGAGAAAUUUAUUGUUCAGUCUUGCAGUAUUAUAACACUAAAGCUAUUUUGGUCCUUAUUAUCGAAAAUAAAUACAUUGUAACCUCAUUAUGAUAAACACCUUUAUGAUACAUUUCCUGAUAUAAUUAAUAUAUAGCAUGUCUCAUAACAAAUCCAAUGCCCUAUACGUUUCAUUAUAGUGAACACUUCACUAUAACAAACCCAAUGCAUUAUAUGGUUCACUACAGUGAACACUUCACUAUAACAAACCCAAUGCCCUAUACGUUUCAUUAUAGUGAACACUUCACUAUAACAAAUCCAAUGCAUUGUAUGGUUCACUAUAGUGAACACUUCACUAUAACAAACCCGAUGCCCUAUACGUUUCAUUAUAGUGAACACUUCACUAUAACAAAUCCAAUGCAUUGUAUGGUUCACUAUAGUGAACACUUCACUAUAACUAACUACAACAGUGUACUCAUUUGCAUAAAUUCUCAAGAGAUAAGAAUUGUUUGACACUAUUCUAAUGUCGCACUGGGUUGCAACAUUAUUGAAAUCUUCAUGCAAUUAUAAGAAGUGAUUUUGUUUUCAAACUAAUAAGGGGUUUUAAUCAUAUGACAGAUAAUAGUUCAACUUUAGAAAACAUGAUUUUACUUUUUUUUUUAUUUUUUGUCGUAAGUUAUCAUGAAUCCCACAAUCAUGAAGUGUAGUUUUGGUAGUAUAUUAUAUAUAUAUUGCUACCACGUUAUGAACAGAUGUAAUACUUCUGCUGUAUCUCUUAUUGUAUAUUACCAAUAUAUCUGAUGUUACAUAAAUCUGUGUCAUUGCCAAGGGGUCUCAUUUACUCUGAAUACAAUACUGUUGACGUCUCUGACUUCUCCCCUACCCCUCCUCCCUUUCUCAACCACCCGCAAUAAAAGAAUUGUGGAAGCAGUUUGCAUCAGUGCAAAAGUACAUGUGGUGUUUAUUUUGGGAAUGUCACAUUCAUAGUUCGCGAUUAACGAGGAUGCUUGAUCCAAGCACCUGUGAACUUCAUACAAGUAUUUAUGAACGUCUAUAACGUGACUUGUGAUAUCGGUAUAAGGCCGAAACAUUGAACAGAUCUUUAUCAUCCUAAUGUGUGUGCUAUCUGAUUGUAAUCCUAUUUUUGCUCAUUGCUUACCCCGAGACCAAAAUACGCUUUGUAUUUUUAAUUUUAGAAAUCUAAAUAAAUUGAAUCAUGUACAGUAUUACACA